AUGGAAAAUCUCGUGUGUAAGAAUGUUGAGCUCCACACUGAGGUGUCAGACCUCAAUAAGGCCUACAAUAAUUUGAUGGCUCGUCUCGAGCAACAAGUGGCUUCUCCUGGUGUCACUACUGAAGAAGGUCUAGUUGUUUCUGUUCCUCCAUCUGUCUCUGAAAUGUGGGGCAAUCCUCGACAAUUUGAAUUUGGAAACUCGUCAGGUAUUGUGCCUACUUUUAUUCUGGGUACUAAUGUUCCAGCUGCUACUACUGUGCCAAACAACAUUGCACAUCGUUUUGAGAACCCCUUCGCUUAUAGGAAAGCAGUUUCGUCCGUUGGUGAUCAGUCUGGUUUGAACACCUUUGGAUCUUGCUCUGGUUUUUCUCAUGGGGGGGGGAACUCAAUAUUUGAUGGGCCUGGCCACUUUAGUACACAAGUGAUUGCGCUAAUGGGGAACCCAAUCAACACUUCAAUUGUACCGGUAAUGAUUGUUCAUAAUCAGGAGGAAGAACAAGCAUACCGAUAUAAAAGGGCUGGAGAAGACUGGAAUGCUCACAAUACUGCAAAUCUUGUUGUUAAAACUAAAAUGGAGGAUUUGGAAAGAAAAUUGAAUGUUUUAUCUUCUAAAGAUCUGCUUAGAAAGCAUGCAUACGAGAUGUGUUUAGUACAGAAUGUAAAGAGGCUAGGUGCGCUUUGCACUCAGAUGGGCCCGACCAUGAUAAGGAGGAUUGUUACGUCCUUAAAGACGGAGUUCAACACUUGGUUAAGACUGGGGAAAUUAAUUUCCAGGAUUUUUAGGAAAUAUAGGCCAGUUAUGUUUGAUAACGGUGAAGGGAAUACCCGAAGAUGGCAAGCGCUCGAAAUGUCUGUUUUAUCCGGUGUAUCAGUCGAAGAGCUCGCUCCUCAGUUUGUAGAUUGA